AUAGAAUCAAAUCAAUCCCCUCUGUAUUCAACCCUGAAAAAAUAAAAUAAAAUAAUCUUUGAUGUCAUAAUAUUUCUUAAAUCCAUGUGACAUUUCCACAUAGCCCCCCACCCCAACCCAAACAACACAUUUAGCUCUAUUAUGUUCUUCAUUUUCCCCUUCUUAAUCAAUUAAAAAAAAAAACCAAAAAAUAUAUAUUUAUAUAUAUUCUUGUAAAUCCUCACAACCCACUUGAAAUUUCCACUUGUAAAGCUCAAAGAAUCAAUCUUUAGCAUCCCCAUACAAAUAUUAUAAGUGGUUUUUUUAAUAGUUCUAAAUACGUUCUUGAUUGAAUUUUUUUCAGUUUUUCGUUCAAUCUGGAAAAAAAAGAGUCAAAAAGAUCCUAAAUCCAUCACAUAUUCUUGUAAAUUAUUUCAACCCCACUAGAAAUUCACUUAUAAACUUCAAAGACUCAAUCUUUAGCAUCCCCAUACAAAAAUUAAUACAUUCUUGAUUUAUUUUUCCCGUUUCAUUCAAUCUGGGAAAAAUAACUCAAAAAACUCCUAAAUUUAUCACAUAUUCUUGUAAAUUAUUACAACCCCACUUGAAAUUUCCACUUAUAAAUCUCAAAAAACACAAUCUUUAGUAUACCCAUGUAAAAAUUUGAGAUUUUUAACACAUUCUUGAUUAUUAUUUUUCCAGUUUCAUUCAAAAAAAUCUUAAACCCAUCACAUUUUCUUGUAAAUUAUUGCAACCCCAUUUGAAAUUUCCACUUAUCAACCUCAAAAACACAAUCUUUAGUAGUAGAAAUUGUUGAUUUUUUUUCUACUUUAAGCUUAAUUAAUGUCAGUUGCUUGUGGAUUUGAGUGUGUUGUGGUUUUAGGAUGUAUGCGUUGGGUAUGGAAACGUUGUACUUACAUAGGCAAUGAUGACAGUGCCACGUGGCCUCCAGCAACCUAUGAUGAAUUUGAACCUAUUCCUCGUCUUUGCCGUACAAUUCUUGCUGUUUAUGAAGAUGAUCUUCAUAACCCAAAGUUUCCACCUGAAGGAGGAUAUAGGCUUAACCCCAAUUGGGUGGUGAAGCGUGUGGCAUAUCGAGAAACACUUGGUAAUGCUCCACCUUAUUUGAUUUACCUUGAUCAUGAGCACCAUGAGAUUGUUGUAGCCAUUAGGGGUUUAAAUUUGGUUAAAGAAAGUGAUUAUAAAGUCUUGAUGGAUAAUAAGCUUGGGAAGCAGAUGUUUGAUGGUGGGUAUGUGCAUCAUGGGUUGUUGAAGGCAGCAAUAUGGAUGUUGAAUAAAGAAUCCGAGACUUUGAAAAGGCAUUGGGUUGAGAAUGGGAAGAGUUACAGGAUGAUAUUUGUUGGACAUUCUUUGGGUUCUGGAGUUGCAUCAUUGUUGACUAUAAUUGUGGCGAAUCACGGGGAUAGAUUAGGGGGUAUUCCAAGGAGUUUACUCCGUUGCUAUGCUGUUGCUCCUGCUAGGUGUAUGUCACUCAAUUUGGCUGUUAAAUAUGCUGAUGUUAUCCAUUCAGUGGUUUUGCAGGAUGAUUUCUUACCACGAACACCCACCCCACUGGAAGAUAUAUUCAAAUCCGUCUUCUGUUUACCAUGCUUGUUAUUUUUGGUGUGCUUGAGAGAUACCUUCAUACCGGAAGGUAGGAAGCUCAGAGAUCCAAGAAGAUUAUAUGCCCCUGGUCGAAUGUAUCACGUCGUUGAAAGAAGAUUUUGCAGAUGUGGGAGAUUCCCUCCAGAUGUUAGAACUGCCAUCCCAGUUGAUGGAAGAUUUGAGCAUAUUGUGCUGUCAUGCAAUGCAACAUCUGAUCAUGGAAUUAUUUGGAUACAAAGAGAAUCAGAGAAGGCGUUAGCGAGACUCAAGGAGGCUACAAGUGCUGAGGCACCGACAGCUCCACCACCGGUGCAGAAAAUUGUAAGGCAGCACACACUAGAAAAAGAACACAAGAAGGCAUUAGAAAGAGCUGUCACUUUAAAUAUUCCACAUGCCGUGCCAACAGACACAGAUGAGGAACUAUCAGUACAUAAAGAGGAAGAAUCAGCGCGAGGAGUAACAGAGACGGCUUCUCUUAUCGAAGAUGCAUCCACAAGUACAAGCCAUUCCACCGAUGCAAGAACUAACUGGAACGAUGUAGUUGAAAAGCUUUUCGCGCAAGAUGAAACGGGGAAGUUGACAUUGAACAAAGAAGCAAGUUGUAGUACUGAAUGACAACUCCCUUUGAAGGUGCUCUCUCUCUUCUUAUUUUUUUUUUCUUCAAUUUUUUUGUGAUGAUUGAAGAAAAGUAUUAUUCUUGUUCAAUUAUUUGUACAUUUUUCUUAUGUAAAACAAUAUAUCUGAAUUAGAAUGUACAAUUCUAAAGCCCCAAAGAGGGGAAUAUAGAAACAGAAAGAAAUGAUAAGUGGUUGUAAUUGCAUUUUUA